UUUCGACAUUACACAUUGCUGUUACUCUCGUCGUAACUUUUCGCUUGUGCUGACCUACAGUGCCGACGAGAACGGGUGCUCUUGAUGUUGAGAAUAAAAAAAAAGAAAAGUGCAUUAUCAAGUUGAAGUAGUUCAAUGUUAGUUUUACAAAUUAUAUGAUUUGUUGUAUUGAGUGUCGAAAUGCUUCAGUAAUCACAAAAAAAUCUUUAGUACAUUUAAGGUUUGAGUGACAGAUGAAAAAAUGUGACAUUCCAUUGCACACCUAUAAUCGGGAGAAGAGGAACAUAUAAUACGUUUUCAUGAGCUAACACAGAUUGUGAUACGAACUUUGAUGACGCAUUUUUAAAGCGAAUUGGACUGCCUGCCAAGGCGGAAUGGAAUGUAAAAUACAAACUGAAGAAUAAUCUUCGGCUUGUGUUAUAUUGCGGAAAAAAAUCCUUCAGUUCAAACAUAAGUAUUUUUCAGUAAGCAGCCAUACCAUGAAGAGCACCUUCACUGACUGUAUUCUGCGGUGCGUUUAAAAAGAAAACAGCACUACCCGGAGUGGUACUACCCGACUUGGAAAAACGGUUUCCAGAUUUCAAACGUGAUUAGGAUAAUAAUUUUUCAAAAGCAGCAGCUGAAUCAAAAUAAUACUAGGAAUGGAUCGAAAGCAUUGGAUUCUGAUACCCUUAGUAUUUGUAUUGUCAUUUGUUCAGUUUAGUUCAGCAGACAAUUGUUUUCCAUCUCGAUCAAUCUAUUGCUACGAAUGCGAUAGUUGGACAGAUGCCCGGUGCAAGGAUCCAUUCAAUUACACAGCACUACCGCGAGAUCAGCCUCCUUUGAUGACAUGCAAUGGGUGCUGUGUCAAAAUGGUGCGACACUCACGGACGCCUUAUGAAGUUGUAAGACGAAUGUGCACAUCCCAAUUACAGAUAAACUUAUUUAUGGUAGACCAUGUGUGUAUGAUGGAAAGUUCAGGCAAUGGUCAUAUGUGUUUUUGUGAGGAAGAUAUGUGUAACUCAAGUCCAAGCAUACUCGUUAACAAACAUCUGAACGUAAAGAUGUGUAUCAGUAGCGUUUUAGCAGCGUAUCUGUUAAACAAAAUGCAAAGGGUGUUGCGGUAAACCGGACACCUGGAACUGAAUCGAUUUCUCUUUGUUUACUUGACAUUUAUUACUAGUCGGUAGAUUAAUAGUGAACCUUAUAUUUUUUAUUGUUGUUUUCAAUUAAUCUUGGUUGAAUUUGUUUCUAAUGUUUUCAAAUUAAUCUCAAAUUUCACUUAAUGAGGACUAAGGUUAUUCAAUUCAAUACAUUGGUUCUUAGUUUCCAUAGAACGCUAUCCAGAACAAAUAUUCCUACACGCCCAUACAACCCUUCAAAUCUUCGGAAGAUGAAAUAUUUUCGAACAAAAGAGGUUUUGACAAUCUCUUGUUACUCCAAAUCAUCAUAAUGCAUAAUAAAUCUAUGACGUUGCAAGACAUUUCAUUCGAGAUAAAUAAAACUCGCGAUGAAAAUUUUGUGUUCAGAUUUCGAAUUCUGUUGAAUUGCUCCAAAGAACUUUCGUUGUUUAGUUUGAAAUGUACCAUAACUUAAUUUCUAGUAGAAUAGCAACAGAGUAUACAUUAACUACUUGAAAAUCUUUUUUCACUUCUUCCACGUACACAGCAAAAACAAUAUUGUAAUCAAUCAACGUAAAAUGUCAUACUUUCAAUGAAAAAAGGUAAAAAGUAUGCAUUAAGCCAUCGCCAGAAUUAAAUGUGUUAGUCAAUAUUUCAAAAAAAAAAAAGAAUCAAAUCUAAUGAAAUUUAAUCAUAUUCCCAACAAUAAGUAAAACAAAUACGGGAUGUUAUAUGCACUGUUGAUUCGUGAUAUAUGGCAUUCAGUAUACAUAUUUUUGCUGUGUAGCUACGUACAAUAUAUUCCUAUGUUUGUCUACUCUGUCCUAGUAAAUACGUGCAUGCAAAUGAUAUUUGAUUUGGUUUGUUUUCGAAUUUUUAGAACCCCUUUCUAUAACUCAAUCACUUUACAUAAUCUCGUCAGUUUUUUACCCUAUAACAUCAGCAUCAGAAAGAGUUUCUAUGAACAUGCGUAACUCCAUGCAAGCUAAAAUUCAUUGUAGUAGAAGUAUAUAAACCGGCUGGAUUUACCUCAUUAUUUUCAUACCUAAAAUUAACGAAUUGUAUAAACAACAUUGCGACUUUAAGUAUUGGAAAAUGUAAAAAAAAACGGAAAAAAACGUUGUGAGCCAGUGCAGAUAUAGUUUAUUUUCAUGUAGAUUUAGUUUCGUCGUUUUUACUUACAGAAUACCCUAUCGAUAGUUCGCUAGUAAGAAGUGAUUGUAUUGAAAGUUUAAUUUCGUUAAUUUAGUAUAUAAGUAGUCUUAGUUAAAAAAUCAUCAAUUAAUAAUAAAUUCAAUCAUCCUAGAACGUCAUAGCUAACGGACGUAUUCAUUUGUAAAUAAAAUUUUCUCUAUAUUCCUCUUCUAUAAUGAAUCGAACAAGCGCUAGGAAUGAUAGUUAUCUGGAAACUCUUUACAAAAUCACUAUUAGUAGUGCUGACACGAUUGCAAUGAAGCUUACGCAAAAUGCCAUAACCCUGCGUGGAAAGCGUUCGUAUAUUUAUAUUAAGAGUCUACGCUACCAUAUUAUAUAGAGGAAAGUAAAAUUUAGGACGAGUUUUUGAGUGCUUAACUAUCAUCCGUCCAGAGGAAACAGAGAAGUUAUUACUUUAUUUCAACAAAAGUUUCCUGCUGCGUAGAAUAGCAAUUCAUCAAGUGAUUUAGUGAUCAUUCAUCGCUCAUUAUAAUCGUGAAAACACUACCCAAAAACUGAUGGUGUAUUCUGUUAAUCCGAGUGGAAUGCAGUUAAACAAUCACCUUCUCGCAUCUUUUUUGCAACUGUUACUGUAGGUAUUUCGACAUAUUUUGCAUAUUAUAUGAGCAUAAAACUACAUAGCAGUAACUUUAUAUAAAUAUUACUGUUCAAUUUCCGUAAUCGAUUAAACUUGCACCCAGCAGAACUUGAAUCACUUUAAUGGCAAUAAAACAGAUUCCUUGAUAAACAUAUUCUAAACGCGUAUAUUCGUACACAUUGACUCAUACCCACAAGAAUCAUUAGUUAAGCAUUUUUAUCGAACGUAUACGAACCGUAAGUAAACGCUGUUGGUUGGAAAAUAUAUGAUUAUGUGUUGUGGCCUGGCAAGUGCAGUAGCACCUUCACGCAUCCUCAUUCAAUUAAAAAAAUACUUUCAAUCAACGACAUAUUUUAAAAAAAAUCUAUUUUUUGCCAGAUUUUACCUGUGCAGAAGAUUUUUUUUUUUUAAAUAAGAAAUAUUCCAACCAACAUUGAAAUAGCCCGAAAAAAAUAGAACUGCAAAAAAGAGCUUAUUUUCUAGCGUCAGUUUAAAAACACUAACAUUUUGUACAUAAACUUUCAAUUAAUAAUUUGUUUUUUUUUCUAUUAGUUUCAACCACUAACAGGAAAAAAAUUAGCAACUUCAAAGUUGGCUGCUACUCUAUUCAAAAGGUUUUAACGACAUUUUAGUCAAUUGUUUCUUUUACUAAUAUCAAUAUGCGUUAUCUACCUGCUAAUCCUUUUUCUCUUUUGAGUUUAUCAUUCUUUCUAAGAAGAAGGAUGAAGUUGAUUAGGUAUAACCUUUAAAUUUCCAGAGAGCUUUGUUUACAACGAACUCUCGAACAAUAAUAUUACAUAAUCUAACCGCCAAACCGACAAAUUCCUGACUAUUUUUCGUUUAUUUAAACAAAGCUUUAUGCAGCAAAAAUAGUUAGAAUCUUACAAAAACUAUGAUAAAUGAACAUUCACAUACAAACUAAACGUUCUCAAUGGUCAUUUAAAAAUAAAUAAAUAUAAGAGAUUCGUAAUCUGAAUGUUAUGAAAUGAUAAUGAUAGAUUGUUGGCGAGCUUUGACUGGUACUCCGAUGUACAUACGUAGGUAAAAACAUAAACUGAUUGUGAAAUUUUCAUCCACAUUCAUGCUCAUCUCAACUCUGACGCUCUUUUUUAAAUUUUCAAUUACCUAUGACCUUUCUACUUAAAGAAAUCCGAAACGAAGCUGAACUGAUUUGUUCCUUUGUUCGUAAUUUGAAUGUUCGGAAAACUGCGCCAUUCGUAAAUUGUCGUACACUUUUUUCGUAACAUGGCAUAUAAUUAAUGUGCAAUAGUCAAAUAACUUGUGAUUGAAAUUAUCCCAAAUUUAAAACAAAUGAUCCAUUUGGUCACGCGAUGUAACUUUGUUUAUUUAAUACCACAAUGACAAACUGUGUCGCCUAUAACUAUGUAGUUUACUUUGACUAAUUUUUUUCCUUGUCUAUUAUACCUAUAAAAAAAAUUUAAUACGCGUUUUCUAGCUUCUUUACGAUUGUUACGAAAUGCAAAUUACGUAGAGUUAAAAUACUGUCCCUUAUCCUCAAUGUUCAUACCCACAAAAUGUAUCUGCAAUUUAUUUAUUUCUUGUUUACAAUGGUAACCAUAAAAGUACCCCUACAGGAUGUUGUAGCUUAUUCCCAAUAUUACUAUAAAAUCGAACAGAAGAUCUCAUUGAAGGAGAUAACUAGGUGCACAGAGAAAACUACACGCAGAUGAAACUUCAGAAGGCGAAGGAAAACGAACGCGUUAAAAUCGUAAUAAUUGAUAAGAAUAAAUUGAAUAAUGUCAUACAUAAUAGGAUGCACCCAAACUAUUAUAAGACAAACCAGAUAUACACAUUUUUGGAAAAUUUAUAAUUGUUAUACGAGCAAAAUAAAUCGUUCUUAAACUCUUUUGAUACAUUGCAAAUAGUGAUCGAAAGUACUGAAUCCAAGAAGAGAAAUGAGCAAAUAAAAGACAUUCAACAAAGUGUGAUCGUAUUAUAUUGCCCAUCUGUUCGAUACGAGAGGAUUUUUGUUUUAUGAGGCUCAAGGCUUAUCAUAAUUCAUUGCUAUGCUGCUACUUUGCUUGUUGCGGGUUAUCCACUCAAAUGUUUUCCGGAAUAACAACAGAUGAUUUGUUGACGCGCUUCAAUUCUACAUGCGUAAUACUGUAAAUUGCUACAAAGCAUUAGCAUAAACUGAAAAAAUGUUUCUAGUGAAAUUUCUCAGCUAUUGAAAGCUAAGGAGAAUGCGGUAGUGGUCAGUAAGCUUGCAAAAAUACAGUCGAGCAUAUCCGAAAUAUUACUUCUCGGUAGGACGCUUUGAUUAAAUAUUCACUACACAGAGAGAUAACAGAGAACAUUUAUAUUGUAGUUCUUACCAUGAUGGAUAGAGACAUGAUGUAACGGUAUAUAAACAAAUUUCCUCAUCGUUAAAUAUAUCGUUUAGAUGCAUCUAAUUUGUAAAUAUGACAAUGCUAUAUACCUUGCUAUCAAUAUUAGUGCAAAGCGCCUUACAAGAUGAAAUACUGAAAAUUGAAACUUUUUUUUUUCUAGUGAGCAGGGGAACAUAAAUAAACAGGGAAAAAUUUCCUCCUGUUGCAUAGUGUUAUUUCGUCUCCAACCCUCAAAGCAAAAAAAACGCUAUCUCAUCCCGCGCCUACUUUUGGAUCAAACCGUUACACAAUCCUCUACUCAUCAUGGUUUACACCGCACUGCAACAAAAUGUUGUUUAUAAUUUUACUCCACAAUUUUUGAUUUUAUAGGCGAAAUAUUAGAGCAAACUUGUUUAUGAAAUUUUGAAAAUAAACCAAUAACUAAACUAUGCUUUAGUUCAAUAUUUGUAGCUAGGGCAAUCAAAAUUAGAUUUUGAUUUAAUACAAAUCCAGUCCAGCUUCACAACUCCAAACAUUAGCUAAGCUAACACGUUAUAUAUUAAGAAUUUCGGAUUGUUAUCAUUGUCAUCAUUUAAUUUUUUUAUUUCGUUGUAUUUGUAAAAAAUAUCGAAUCAGAGUAUAAACGAGUCCCCUAGACCUUAUUCUAAGUCACGGCAACUCCCACCAGACUGUGUUCCACUUUUAACCUACAUAACGAUCAACGUUAUACUCUAUCAUUAGUCCUCGCGUUGAAUGGUUUAGUAAUAUUUUAAACAAUCAGCAACCAAUUUACGCUUUACGACACCUUUUAAGUAUGCAGACAUCCCAGGUUGCUAUAACCCGGCAACACAAAAAUUGACUCUAACUUUGACAUUUUUCACUUAUUCAAUUGGGUCCUAAGCUAUACCAAUUUUUAUAUAUCAUUUGAAAAAGAUGCGUUUUCUAAGCAAAACGUAACUAGUAAAAUGUUUAUCGUUGUCCUUCGAUUUUAAUGAAGAAUAUUUAACUGCUCGAAAUGUCUAAUAUGUCAUUUAACACAAUUCGAGCAGCUUUUUACUCUUUAUUCAAAAAUUUAAUUCAAUGAGAGAUUGGACAACUAUAAAUGUUUUAUUAAAAUCACGUUUUACUCAGAACAACUCUUUCAGUUGAUUCAUAAAAAUCAGACAACCGUGUAAAACUUCAGGGCCCAAUUAGGUUAAUAAUUUUGAGUUAAAAUUUUCAGAACUUCACAAACCUAGCAAAAAUGUCAAGUCAAUUUUGUUCUUAGUAAAAGUCACUUCUUUUCGCUUCUUCCUAGGUAGAAUUAAAAUUUAAAACAGAUAAUUCUCAAAUUGCUUCAUCUCACAGCAAUAUAGAAUAUGCGUUCAAAUUGCUCAAUCCUGCCUGUUCAUCAUAUUACAAUUUCAACAUCGCAAAUAAUGCCAACCAAGAAUGAAUAAGCUGGAAUAUUGCAUGCUCUAUAACCCGCUUUGUCAUAUUGUUUUGUUUGAGUUGUCUAUGUGUGAUGAACGAGUGAACAUGUUUUAUUAGCUAUGACGCUUUUAGGUUCAUGUAAUAUAUUCAAACUUUUUGCACUGUUUGGAUUCCAAUUGUUCUUGCCGCAUGGUCGCACCAGUAUAUUUGCUUAUAUGUAUUUUUUUUUUGUUUUAUUCUGACCGUGUUAUUUUCUAAAACAAAGGACUUUUCAAAGAUGCAAAAAAUCGCCCAUCAUAUAUGAAUUAUGCGUGAGUACAAACUGGAAAACUUUAAUUUUCGAUGUCCUUUCUAUAAUCAGACAAAUAUCUGUAUCAAAUGUUGAUCAUUUUUAAAUUCAAUGUACAAUUCAAUUAUUGAUUACAGUACCUAAUCUAGCUUAGUAUUAUCAAUCGCGAAAUUAUGCAUCGCUCAGCGACUCGAUAUCAGCAGAAAAAAGGCAUGACAAUGUAUAUUCAGGCAUAAUAUUGAAGUGGCACUGACUCACCAGUGAAGAGGAGACCCAAUUCACCUUCGCACAGUACUCCAGAUGAAUAAUGCCUUCAUAUAACAAAAUCCGAAAAAAUGUUUCAACUACGCAUUUAAAUGUCACGAUGAAUUGAUUAACAAUUAUCAUCCUCCGACAAUGAAUGAUUUCAAAAGAAGUUUCUCAAUUUUUGUUUAAAACGUUUCUUCCAAAAUUGUGAAGAAUGGAGGGGAAAUCAUUUUUGAAAAAGACAUAAAAAGAUUAUCAUUAACCUCUCUUCUGUUUUCUGAUUUAAGCGUUUCAAAUUUUGUAUAUAAACAACACCAGAGACUGUGAUGUAAGAUACCUGUAGGAAUCAGCCCGGUGAAAACAAUUUAUUUUCUUCGCACGAUUUCUGUGACCUGCUAUGUUUUAUUUUUUUUCUGUUCACCAAAUAAACAGAACUUUGUAAUUGAGAAGGUCGACAUUAGUUUUUCGGAUCGUAAAAAAUGGAUCGAAUAGCAACGUGAGUUGCGGUUGUAUAAAUCUCAAUUAGAUCAAAAUAGAAAUAGUUUCAGUUCUACGUACACUACGUUCUUGCGAUAGCUAGCAUAUUCGUGAAUAAAGCUCCAAAAGGCAAAUGAAAUUCAACUUAAAACUAGAGUCUUAUUUGAAAAUACAUAAAUAGAUACAACCAGUACACAAACGGAUGCACAUAUAUUCCUCACAAAGAUUAAAAAGCAUGUUAAUGCUUCUCAUACAGUGUUUUGCAAAAAAAAAUCACCGCAACGAAUGUUUCUGGAACCUGGGUACUUGUUGAGUAAUGGCGGAAGUUGAUUUACCCUUAUUGGAUACAGCAUUAAAAAUUUGAAGGAGUAGAGAUUCAUAAACGCAAGCCAAUUAAUUAGAGUUUUUCAUAACAUCUGUCAUUUUUUUAUCCAUUACCUCUCGACACACUGUGUUAUCCAUUACUUAUCACGAAAUCAUUAUAUAACGUAAAGGGAUGAUCACUUAUCCGUCAUUCAAAGAAUAUCUACCGACAGUAUGUCCCAUGGCUCCACUUACCUUUGACAUCUGUAUGACCGUUUUUCGCAUGUGUGAUCAAGGCCAUGACAUUUUUCAUCAUAUUGACACAAAACGUAACUGAGUGUUGGAUUGACACCAAUUAAGUAGGAGAAGAAUUGGGCAAAUCGCAUCAAUUAAUAGACAAAAAUAUCAAUUAGGGGGAAUGGCAGUUACUGGAAACAAAAAAAAAAAAAAAAAAAAACAAUACUAAACCAUAGUGAAAGGGAAUAUGUCACUUCUAGAAACCUAAAAGUUUGACUAUUAACGUACAUAAUAAAAGAAAUAAAGAGAAAAGAAGUGUAGAAGAACAACCUUUCACAAUUUCAAGUGGAUGGUUUUUAGGAUUGUAUAUUUUAACUUAAAGUUGUUUUACUCACAGAGGAUACUUCAGGAGUUUACAUCUUUAUUGAUUAAUGUGAUCAUUCAGUCGACAUGAAGUGCAGGAGGCAAGAAAUGUAUUGAAUCAAAUGCAGCUUUGACGACAUCAACAAUGGAGAUGUGGAAUAAUACAAAGAAAAAAAGCUAUUUUAACAAACAAAAAAGUCGUUUUACAAAACAAAAAUGUUUUAUUGCUUUUUAUCUAGCAACAGAAAUCCUAUCAAAUCCAGGCGAACACUCACAUCCGUUAUCAUUGUGUUUCUGCGGAAUAUUGUCAUCAGACAGUAAUUGCCUAAUCAGACUUUUUCGACGCUGCGAAUAAAAAAUCUACGUAAGAUUCUCAAUUGUUAAAAACGAACUAGAAUAUGAUUGACAUUUUGGACUAAACAAACUUUGACCAGCGAAAAAACUUUUUUCUGUUUUCAAAACAGGAAUUGUUACAAACGUUUGAAAAUUAGAAAAUGUUUCAAUCAGAAUAAAACAAGUAUUAAAAAUGAUGCAUAGGAUAGCAAAUAAAAAAAAACAGAACAGAAAAAAACUUAGACAAACUAUUGUUUUUAAAAUACUUUUGUGAAAUUGUUUUUAUAGUUUUAUGUAGCCUGAUAGUCUAUGCCAAAAUAACUAAACAAGCUGUUGAAUCUGCAAACAUUUUAACAAUUCGGUGAAAAAUGUUAUACGAAUACAUAUAUCAAACGGAAUACAUGAAAAUUAUCAAAAAAGUUCACUGCAAAGAAGGCUACCCGUGGAAGUUACCGAAAAUUGCAAAUAAAUAAAAAUAGAAUAAGCUGUGAAAUUACUCCUAAUUACCAAUAAAAUCGCUCAAAUCUGGUGAACAAUGUUUUCAUGUGUUUCUGAAAAAAACGCACCAAUUUUGUCUAACAAAAAUAAACGUUUUUUCUUUCGUCGGUGCAUAUACUUAUAAGGUUGAAUGUGUAUUUAGUUGUGGAAUAUGCCAUGCUUCAAAUUUGGAAUCAUUUUCAUUUGUUUUUAUUUACCUGCAUUUGUUUCACAAAUUUAUAAUGUUGUAACUAAUAGUACAGUCGUGAUCAGCAACAGGAAGGAAUUGCAGCAUGAUGAAUAAUUGUCCCACGUACCACUCUGAGAGUGACAUUUGCUUCUAUCCCGUAAAUAUAGCCUUAAGAACGAAACCAUCCAGAGACUUUAAAUUAAUGUGUAAUGAUUUCGGUGUGUCACAGCUAAUUCGCUUCACUAUCGAAAACUACUUAUCUGUUAGUAUAAUUUUCCUGUAUUGUCGUUAUUGUGUGCCGAUCGAUUAUUUUUUUUAAUCUCCUAUUCUGUUGCAAUUAAUCGUAUAAACGGUAUACUGUAAUCAAUACAUCCAUAGACCAGCAAUUAUAUAAAUGUUACAUUUCGAUCAAAACGGUCUGCUCCAAGAGGCAUCAAUAUUUCAGCUAAACACUACCAAAUUUCGAUUAUCUCUCAAAGUAAUUACUUUUAUGCCAAUAUUGCUCAAAGCCAUUAAGCCAAAUAGUACAUUUCCCGCUAAUUUACAGCUUCCCCUUUUCUCAAUUUGUCUCUGAAAAACAGAACAUGUCUUUUUAAAUUUGCUAGCUUUUUGUUCUAUCUUUACGUUUGAUUUAAACACAAUUUACGCCUAGAUUUUUAAAGCGAAAAAACAUUGAUAUUUCGUGUCUAAAAAGCUUGAAUUUCAAAUCGCUUUCACUUUUGAGCUCAAACUUAAUAAUAAGCUUACGAGGAAGCUGUAUAGGAAAACUGCUUUUUUAAAUAAACCUUUACCGUCUGCAACCUUCUUGCCUCUAACAUAAGCAGCACAAGUUUUCUUCGAUCUUCGAGUCUUGAAAUUCAAACAAACAAAUCCAAAUCGAAUAUAAGAAUAGACGUUCGGAUAGUUUAUGAAAAGAUGUUAUAAGAUGGAGAAAGAUGUGAUUCCAACAGUAAAUCCCAUCACCACCAGUAUGACGCAUUAUUUGGUUCGUUCAUUUACUUGGUAUCAUCAACCAGUUUAAUUUACAAUCAUUCGUCAUCCUUACCUUUAGUAACAGCUGCAAACGCCGUAUAAGCGAAAGGGAAACUACAACAAUCUAGCGCAGGAUUCAACACGUCGCUGAAGUCAAGUUUGGAAGUCCGCGACACAUCAACCAGGAACAAUAAAGUGUUUUCGUGUA